ACGAGACGACAAUUAAGCCAGACGGUGCGGUGCUGCUGUUGGUUGAAUCCAGCGCUGGUGGAUCUGCAGCGGUUUCAGGGACAGGUUCAUGUUGAAAUUGCAGCAUUGCAGCAGUCGGACGACGUCCCAGCCUUCUCCGUGCCUCCUGUCACAGCAGGGUGCGAGUCAGAGGUGUAUCUGUGCCUGAGGACUCCACCCCCAUUUCAUUCCCGCUUCCCUCGGUCGAAGCUCUCCUCUCGGCUGAACAGCACCGUUGGCAACCAAGCUGACUUGACCGUGAUCAUGUUGGGCCGCGCCGCUUUGCUGCUGCUCUGCUUCACUCCUGCAGCCUGGUGCUUUCCCUCAGGUCAGGUUACAGCCAGCUGUGACUCCAUGGUGCCCCAACACGGGGCAAACGCUCAGACCUCAGCAUCGCCCUACACCGUCAUUGUGGACCGCACCAGCUUCAAUGUCGGAGACCAGGUCCCAGUUCAGAUCCAGGGAACGGGCUCCAACACUUUCAAAGGUUUCCUGCUGAAGGCCACGCAGGUGGGGAGUCAGACGGCCGUGGGCUCCUUCAGCGUGUCAACGACAAGCGCUCAGCUUCUCGCCUGCAGCCAGAAAACUGGCUCAGCUGUAGCCCACACAUCGGGAGCCGCUAAGUCUUUCAUCCAAGCCAUAUGGACGCCAGACUCAUCAGGAAGUGGGAAAACCAUUCAGUUCUCAACGACGUUCGUGCAGUCUAAGUCUGUUUUCUGGGUCGCUGUCCAGAGUCCGGUUCUGACCUUUAACGGCAACUUCACAGGUGGAUCCUCAGCAGCAACCACACAAACGCCUUCUAUUGUCAAAGCGCAUGGGUCGCUGAUGCUGAUAUCCUGGAUGACCACCGGGACGCUGGGGAUGCUCGUAGCCAGAUACAUGAAGGGAAUGUCCAAGGGGAACAAGAUGUUUGGCAAAGAUCUGUGGUUUGUGGUCCAUGUCCCACUGAUGUUUCUGACGGUAGCAGCCACCAUCAUCGCCUUCAUCAUCAUCUUCGUGUACGCCCAGGACUGGGCUGGGGGAGCUCAUCCUGUGCUGGGCUGCCUGGUUAUGAUCCUGGCCUUCAUCCAGCCCAUAAUAGCCUUUAUGCGCUGUGAACCACAAGACCCCCGGCGAUAUGUGUUCAACUGGGCACAUUCUUUAAAUGCGCUGGUGAUAAAGGUCUUGGCUGUGGCGGCCAUUUUCACCGGCCUGCAGCUGAUUGACGGCAGCGACAGCCAAUGGAUGGUGAAGACGAUGAGCGGCUUCGCAGCCUGGGAGUGUUUGUUCUACAUCUUCAUGGAAGCUCGGUUAAGAUGGAAAACCCACAAUCCAGAUCGAACAAGAAGAAAGACGAAUAUGAAUGGCCUGCUGGUGGGUGUCUACUUCCUGGGAAACAUUGCAUUUUUAAUAGCACUGUUAGUCGGCAUUGGACAAGCAACAGUGGUCCCAUAAAACCACUACGACCCUUCCAACAUUUACCUUAAAUACUGGAAAACUACCAAAAUAUGCAUAAAAUGUUCUAAGAAAUGUCAAAUGUGUAGGCUCCAAUAGAAUAGAAUAGAAUAGAAUAGAAUAGAAUAGAAUAGAUGAUUAUAUGAAUAGAUUAUUACAUAGCAGCCUGACUUUCUUUUCUAGUUUUUAUGUUACCUCGUUGAACCUUGUAAAACCCCCUGUUUUCACCCUGAACCUCCCAGUUUGCUGCUCCUUGAUAAAUGUGAGCGUGGUUCGGAUCUUCAGGGAUUUUAAAUUCUUCCUGGUCUUUGUUUUCUGGUCCUCUCCACAUGACGCUCUCUGAUCUUUCUGAACAGUUCUAUUGUUUAAAUGUUGGAUUUGGGAAGAAGGAUUUGUGGCACUGUGCAUUUCUGUGUGAUAACUAUUGAGUGUGAUGCAUAUUAGACAAAUAAACCUACACUCACCUGAUUAGCUGGUUUAACCUGUUGAAACCGAGUUGGGGGAGGCACAUCCUUCCUUUCCAGCCAUUCAUACAGGUCAUUGCUGAAUUUGUCAUAUGUGAUGUAUAGUUCAGAGGUUUUUGAAUGUUUUUGUGUUUUUUCCUUCAUAUAGUGUGUUUGAAAUUAAAGACUCAAGCCUAAAUAAACCAGUAGACUGCU